AUGCAUAAUGUGGCAGCGUACGGGUAUCCCACGCCUCCGGCAUCCCCCUCCUACGACAACACCAAGUGUGCUUUCCAACAACCACCACUAGCUGUACCCCCUGUUUGUCAACCUCGAUACACUCCAGUUGCCCCGGAAGAAAGACUAGGAAAGUUCCUUGGAGAAAGUCUGCAGUUAAUAGGAAUUAUUGGAACCGGUGCCUAUGGCGUGGUCUACCUGGCCAUCGACGUUAAGACCGGAGUCCGAUAUGCUGUGAAGACGCUCAGCAAGUUCAACGCAGAUGGCUCGCCUCUGGAUCGACGACAAGUUGCCUUCCAGCACCGGGAACUACGCUUACACUACAUGGCCUCGGCACACCCUAACGUUGUCUCCAUGCAUAAGAUUGUUGACGACCCAGACUGCAUAUAUGUUAUCCUGGAGUAUUGCCCGGAAGGUGACCUUUUCCUCAAUAUUACAGAGAGAGGACAAUAUGUGGGUAAGGAUGCAUUGGUCAAAAGCGUAUUCCUACAGAUCCUGGACGCCGUUGAGCAUUGCCAUAACCUUGGAAUCUACCACCGCGACCUGAAACCCGAGAACAUCUUAGUUUCGAACCGAGGAGACACAGUAAAGUUGGCAGAUUUCGGUUUGGCCACCUCUUCAGACCGGUCCGAAGAUUACGGAUGCGGUUCAACUUUCUAUAUGUCACCAGAAUGUCUGGACCCGUCACUCCGAAGGCCGUAUUAUUAUUGCGCCCCCAAUGAUGUCUGGAGCCUUGGUGUUAUCCUAGUGAACUUGACCUGUGGCCGUAAUCCGUGGAAGCAAGCCUCGUUUGAAGAUUCCACAUACCGUGCCUAUACCAGGAGUCAGGAUUUCCUACGGACUAUUUUGCCAUUGUCGGAUGACCUCAACAAUAUCCUAGGGAGGAUUUUUACCCGCAACCCAGAUCACAGAAUUACGUUACCAGAACUUAGGAACAGCAUUCUCGCCUGUUCCAGAUUUACGAUUUCACCUACAGCGCCUGCCCCGCAGGCGCUCCCAACACCGCCCAAUUCGCCUGGGCCUAUCGAAUACGUUGACUGCGAAGAAGCCAUUGCCGAGGACUUCGAUUCGCCACCAUCACCUACCGCUUCGGACUCCGAUGCGGAAUCUACAUGUUCAUCCGACGAUGGAUCUCUCACCUCUAGUGUCUCGACCAUCGACGAUAUAGACGACGAUGAUUUCGUUCUCACAGAGGAUGAGAUCCCUCCUAUCCAGGAGCCCCAGUUUACUCAGGACCAGUUGAAUCCUGCCAGCCUUGCCCAGUUCAAGUUCCUGUACAGCCCAGCUGUGCACCAACCAAGUUCGCCUUUCCAUACUUCUGGGAAGUGGUGA